CAGUAAGCCGAGAUCGCGCCACUGCACUCCAGCCUGCGCAACAGAACGAGACUCUGUCUCAAAAAAAAAAAAGGAAAAAAAGAAUUAAGGCAAUCAUAAUUCCCUAUGCACACUCAUGCUAGGAUCCCGCCCCUUAUCUGAAACGUUAUGGCUUACAUAGACACUGCCAGGCACUGUGUUAAGUGCUCCCAAAGAGCACCGCAGUCUACCACUUUCCCUCUCGUUUCUGUAUUUACACUCGAUCGGGAGACAAGCUCUUCCGAUCGAAAACGGCAAAACUAAGGCCCCAAGUAGGAAUGCCUUAGUUUUCGGGGUUAACAAUGAGUAACACUGAGCCUCACACCCACGCGAUGCCCUCAGCUCCUCGCUCAGCGCUCUCACCAACAGCCGUAGCCCGCAGCCCCGCUGAACACCGGUUCUCCAUCCCCGAAGCGCAGCCCGGAACAUGGUAACGGCCAUCUUGACCUCGUACGCCAGCCGUCAGUGCACGCAACCGUCUGGUUCCGCCCCCUCCUGCGCGCGCUGCCUGCCCCUGGCAGGCUCGCCUGUGCGAGCGUAAAGGGGCGGAGCUAGGGUCGCCCUGGGCGGUACAAAUAUCAGAGACCCGCGCGGUGGCUCAGUAGUGACGUGAUACGCAGCUCGCGUCUGUACAGACGCGCCCUCGCUUCUUCCUCUUUCUCGACUCCAUCUUCGCGGUAGCGGCAGCUGGGACCGCGGUUCAGUCGUCAACAUGCAGCUCUUUGUCCGCGCCCAGGAGCUACACACCCUCGAGGUGACCGGCCAGGAAACGGUCGCCCAGAUCAAGGCUCAUGUAGCUUCACUGGAGGGCAUUGCCCCGGAAGAUCAAGUCGUGCUCCUGGCAGGCACCCCCUUGGAGGAUGAGGCCACUCUGGGCCAGUGCGGGGUGGAGGCCCUGACUACCCUGGAAGUAGCAGGCCGCAUGCUUGGAGGUAAAGUCCAUGGUUCCCUGGCCCGUGCUGGGAAAGUGAGAGGUCAGACUCCUAAGGUGAGUGAGAGUAUUAGUGGUCAUGGUGUUUGGACUUUGUCUUUUCCUGUCACAGCUAAAUUAAGUCCCUGGGUUCUUACCCGGUUUGCCUUCUCCCUCCCUGGAGAUGAGCCUGAGGGAAAGGAUGCUAGAUGUGGAAGACAGAAACCAGGGCCUGAUUAACCCUCCCUUCUUCAGGUGGCCAAACAGGAGAAGAAGAAGAAGAAGACCGGUCGGGCUAAGCGCCGGAUGCAGUACAACCGGCGCUUUGUCAACGUUGUGCCCACCUUUGGCAAGAAGAAGGGCCCCAAUGCCAAUUCUUAAGUCCUUUGUAAUUCCGGCUUUCUAUAAUAAAAAAGCCACUUAGUUCAGUCA